AUGUCUUCUUUCAAGGCUCAUCUGCUGACUUUCAAUCUUUUUAAAUCAUCGGGCAUUGAUAAUGAACAUCAACGUCGUGCGAACGUUAUUGCGACUCAUGUCUAUUGGUUAACUUUGGCGUUGAUUCUGAUCAACGUCGGUCUGUAUACAUGGACUAGUGUUCAAACGAACGUCGUGACAUUGAAACAACCAACAAAAGAAGAAUUCGAAAUACUUCCUAUCGAUACACAGUGCCCCUAUUCUCGUAUCUCUCUGACGUACGGCGAAUACUCAUCACUUCAAGCUACUUUUCAUCAAGUAUGUUCGAGUGAUUUCGUUUCUGAUCGAUGGAUCAAAGCACUUGAUUAUGGUCUUCGUGUUUCGUCAGUUUAUCCAAAUGAUUUUCGAGGUAUAGGAAACGCUCAGUUCGAUGGUCUUGCAGCUCUCUGUCGACUCGCACAGGCCAAUGUUCAACAGAAUCUCGACACAUUCGCUCGGAAUACAUUGAUCAGUCCCUACGUCCUAUCAGAAAAUAUCUUUCGAUCGAACGUUCAAGCCGUUAUCGCUCAAUUUCAAUCGACAUUACCCAAUCAAUUUCAAACCCAAUUGCAACUUUUACUCGAUAUGACAUUUAACAAUCAAUUGGAUUCUGGAUUGGCAACAAAUUUUGUUAUGACAUAUGAUGCUGACCAAACUGAACCUCUACUAUUCAGUUCUCAGAGGUAUAAACCUAUCAGUGGACCUGUUUGCAACUGUUACGAAACAAUGACAUGUACAUCAUUAUCAUUUAUAUAUGCUAUUAUUGAUUAUCAAGUGCCGAUAAUGACCGUACCAGGAAUAAUGACUGGUUGUUUACCACUUCAGUCGUUGUUGGCUUCAUCGUUGGAAUGUUUCUUUAAUCAAACAUGUGUGGAUAGAUUGAUUUCAUUCUUUCCAACUAACGAAAACUUCACAGCUAUGAACAAUAUUAAUCAAAGUAUUUACGGACGAAACGCGACUGUGCAGUCGAUGGUCAAUGGUUUAAUGAUUGAGAAAUGGAUCACGAGUAUAUCGUAUGAGAAAUACUAUGCACAAUGUGCACCGAUUUCGUGUACAUAUACGAAAGUAGAACGACCAACAUUAGGAUUCAUACUAACAAGAUUAAUCGGUCUGCUGAGCGGCUUAAUACUUGUACUUCGAGUAUUAGUACCAAAAAUAAUUCAUUAUAUUGAAGUACCUGAAAAUGAUGGAUCUUUACAAGCUCAACAAAAAGCAUUGAAGGAACGAUGGCUCGAACUAUUUCUCUUUAUGAAAACGACUUUAAUAACACUCAAUAUUUUCAAUGAUGACACUAACAACGACGGUCGACAAACACGCUAUCAACUAUAUGCCAGUCGACUUUACAUUUUGCUCGUAGUUUUAUCACUUUUAACUUUUAUAAAUUAUCGAUUGCUAAGAACGAGCGUUUACCGUGAAACCUUCUACAAUCCAACAGAAUCCGAUUAUCUCAAACUCGCACAGUCAUAUCCAGCUAGUGUUUCGUGUCCAUGUACAUCAAUCUCAAUACCUUACUCAAAGUUUCUUUAUACAGCACCACAUUACCAUCAGAUAUGUUCGAGCGAUUUGAUCUCAUCGGACUGGCUGAGUUACAUAUCAGUUCUCGAUGAAAAUACGUUGUAUUAUUCGUUGGACUAUCGACUUCAUGUCAGUUCAUACUUUCGGUCCUUAAGAACAUUUUGCGAGCAAGCGAAAGAAACAAUUGAUAAUGCAUUGGAAAUCUUUCUUCAAACGCAAUUUGUUGGUUCGCAAGUACUAUCUCGAGAAUUAUUCGAAUCGCAGAUGAAUUCAUCGAUUGAAAAUUGGCAAUCUGAGACUAUCAAUCAAUUCCAACGUACUAUUCAGUUAUUACGAGCAACAACACAAGGAAAUCAGUUAAUGAAUGAUGCUCUAAAUGUUGAUUUUCAUACGAAUCGAACAACCAGACAAACAACCAUGAAAUCGCGUUCGUAUUCAUCAUGUUCUUGUAGUUUAUCAUCAUCAUGUUAUGUGAAUCUCGCUGUUUAUAACAAUUUCGUCGUACGUUUUUAUGUUCCAACUUUAGUCCUCGGUUGUUUUAUAAUCGACUCGUUACUCCAAUCUUCGUUCGAAUGCUUCUACAACCGAUCAUGUAUGUUGCAAAUAGAUCAAUAUCUAGCCCUGCCACUUGGUGAUGCCUUUAAUUUCUCGCCUUUGAAUUCCACUUGGAAUUUACCGAACGAAACAGCCGGAUCAAUUAUUCAAAAUCUCAUGGUCGAUUCGUGGUCAUCGAAUAUCUCUUUUACAUCGUAUUACGGCGAGUGUGCAGCAAAACUUUGCACAUAUGAAGAAGAACGUCGAGAGAAUCUGAUCUUUCUAAUAACAGCCAUCAUCAGUAUUUUUGGUGGAUUAUCAUUAGGAUUCAAGAUUCUUCUUUUAAUCGUUCUUAGACUUAUUAAUCAUUGCAUCCAUGGUAUUUCUCGCGCAGUCUCAAUCGAUUUUCUCACUUGUCGUAACAAAAAUCAAACAAAGAAACAAUUAGAAUUCGUUCUGGUGGCAACUAUUCUCUAUGCUUUGUAUAUCAACGCGGCUUUCGUUCCUGAAAGUGAGAUUGUUCAGAUUGAGAAACCAUCGCUAAACGUCUAUCAAGAUCUAAUACACCACUAUCCAGAUACUCUUCAAUGUUCUUGUUCGAAGAUUUCUAUUCAGUACGAAACAUUCGUUGCUAUUAAGCCUCGAUUUCACCAGAUUUGCUCGAGUGUAUUCGUCUCACAAGAUUUCAUUAAUUAUCAGUAUAAUCAAGCAUCGCAGAAUCCACAACUGACUCCGUUCGAUUUCCAGUUCUCCUCGACAUUACAAUUUCGUUUACUUUCACUGCUUUGUCAAAUGGCACAAGAAACCGUCACUGACACUCUCUUACAAUUAGCUAACACCGAAUUCAUCAAUACUCAACUUUUAUCAUCCAAUGUAUUCAAUCUUCGCAUCCAAACUGUCAUCCAAGAUUUUCGAACAACAUUUCCACAGUUAUUUCUCAGCACGCUCGCAUUAAUUCGCGAAACAACAGGCGCCAAUCGACUUAUGACAGCACUGGGCACUAGCUGGAAAGUGUCCAUUCCAUAUCUUAUAACUACCCAACAAUCUGCUACUCUCGAAUCGCUUGUCUAUGAAGAAUGUAGUUGUGCGUCAUCACCCAAAUGCGUCCAACCAUCGAAUGGGAUGUUCGCCGGUUGUUAUCCAUUAGAAGCACUCUUUCAAUCGACUUUAUCCUGUUUUUACGAUCAGGAGUGUAUUGAUAAGUUGGUUCAUUACCGCGCAUUGAAUGUCUCAUCGAUGGACAAGAGCAGAUUUCAAAUAAAUACAACAAUCGAAUCGUUUGUCAAUCAGCUGAUGGUCGAAGACUACUCAGCAAACAUAUCGUACGAAAAUUACUUUCAUCAAUGUUCGCCUUUGUUAUGUACCUAUUCAUACACAAGGAUAAUCAAUGUAUUCGAUGGACUAACAUAUCUAAUUUCAGUUUAUGGCGGUUUAGUUAUUUUGUGUCGAGUGAUUGUUAACAUUCUCAUGAAAGUCAUUUGGUUCCGAGAUUGA